ACACCGCGCAUGGUAAAAUAUAGUUUUAACAUAAGGUCUGUUGAGCCAAAGGAUUUCACUAUUUUGAAAUAGCGCUUGAAAUAGUAGUCAGGCAACCAUUUUUUUUUUACAUGGCAUAAUCAGUAUUUUCCAUAAUCAAUUUCAGUGUCUUUCCUUAACUGCAAAGAAAGAAUUGAAUUAUAUGAGCAUCUAGCAACCAUCCCUCACAUUAAUUGUGAAAUAUAUCAGGGCGGUUUUUUAUACUGGAUUCAGGUUGAAGACUUUCUUCAUCUCCCGACGGCAAGCCUCUCAGGAGUACUUUCUGACUACCUAAGCAUUCUUUUUGUAUUGGGGAGUAGGGAGUUGAAAGGAAACGGGGAUUUUAUCUACAUGCAGUGGAAGCUUUCGUAAAAAUACUUAACUGCUUCUUUGGUAGAAAGUAACUAAUUUUCCUUCCUGUUGGUGUUGUGAAGGCAUAAGGACUCAAUGGAAGCCUGAAGUUGGUCUGUGACGCAUAGUAUGUUCCUUCAUCCACAGUAGAAAGAGAUCUCAGUCUUCAGCUUCCAUGAUGUGAAUAGCCUCAUCAUGUGAAAAAGUCUGUAAAACAUUUAAAAAAUUCUGUUUUUGUUUAUUCUUGCUGCAUCUGUGUGCUGUGUACCCCUGAAGGCAAGGACACUUCAUUCUGCCAACCACUGUAUUCUCAGAGUGCUUGGCUUAUAGUAAGCUCUGAAGUGUUUGACAAAUAAAUAUUUACUGAAUGAAUGAAUGAAUGAAUACAACUUCUUAAUUUUUAAUUCCAGAAACAAAAGGAAAGCUCCAAGUUUGUCAGUCAUUGCCAGUGACCCAACCAGAAUGAUUCCUUCACUGGCCUGUGGAGGCAGAAGCAGGGGUCAUUGUUUGUCUGCCUCAUGUCACUGAAUGGCCCCCAGUCUCUGCCAAUAGAUAAGAGAUGUCAACACUUAUCCCGGUAGCUUUCAAAAAUAGCAUAGUUAAUGAAACUGGAAAUUUAGGUGCAUGCUAGAAAGAAAGUAUCUGUCUCCAAUCUUAAGAACAGACUAGCAGCAGAUAACUGCUACCAGCGAGCUCUCCAGUAUUUCUUCACAGCCCGUUCUAAGCAAGCCAGGAAAUCUCAGCAGAAAAGCCUUCCUUCUCCAUAAAGCAUAACUAGGACAUCUCAUUUUCAAUGAGUCAGACACUUGGAUUGGACUUAAUCUUAAACCUCUGGAGUUCAAGACCUUUUAAAAAGGGUUAAAUAAUCUCUACAAGGAAAAGGCCACUGACUCCUACUUCCUCUGUGUAGAGCAACCGUUGAACUCAGCUGCCUGUAGGGCGUGAUUCUCAGUCACCAGACUCAGCUUGGAGAUCUUACCAUGGCAAUCAAGAGACACUGAACGGAGAUGCUACAUAUUCCUCUCUUGCAGCAAAAGGUUUUCGAAGCGUUCGACCAAACCUACAAGAUAAAAGAUCACCAACUCAGGCACCCCCUCCACCAGACAGAAAAGAGAGCUUUCAUAGCUCUUUGAUAACCAGUCACCCAGAAGGUGUCUUUUGAGACCAGUUAGUAACUAACACACAAACUCCCUCCUGUACAGAGGACUUUGCUAACCAAAAACCUCUUCAGGGAACUAUGUAUUCCAAUGAAGACUCCAGACAGACAAUUGUAUAUUCUGAAGAAUCUAACACAACCGUGUCAUAUACACAAAAAAUCACUAAUCCGUUACCAGCAGCUUCCAGCACGGAUCCUACACCAUUCACUAACAUCAACACCCCAGUUCUACAAGAGGGCUACAGGCAAGAUUCUCAAACUCGGAGAAUUUCUACCUUGAAACUAACCCAUAACCAGGAUCUAGGAAGCAGCAGCCCCAUUAAUACUCCACAGUUUUCCAAACCUGUCGAAGUUCCAUCAUUUCUCCAAAGGUCCUGCUCACUGCUCCCUCAUCCAGCGCCUGAGACACACACGGCCUGUCUUUCCAUCCAGAUAGCUCCCCUUUCAGGCCAGGAUCCUCAAAGCCACCAACGGCUACCUGAGCUUCCUCCAGAGACUGCAAAGAUACCUCUUCAGCGAGACAGACAAAAAUCUGCCGUUGCAGUGGCCUCGCAGUCCUCAGACUGCAGGGUGCUUGGAAAUCAGAACUUACCUGCCAGUGUGUUGGAGGUAAAUGCUUCACAGACACACAGACAAACCACACCAGAAGCCUCUCCUCCAUGCCCUCCUUCCAUGGUACCUUUGAACCGAGCCACUUUCUCACCAGGCAGUGUUGCCAGCUCAGCAUCACUUAGCCUUCCACCACCCGAUGGUUUGGGGUCUUCACGCCUGCAUAUGCCCCAGAGCCUUUCCCACUGCCUAUACAAACCCCUGCUCCCAGCUCCCGAAAGCCUUAUCCACAGCCACGACACAGGCUCUCUGACUACAGACUCCUCCCUGGCCGAGCACUCCUCCCGCUCGGAGAGCGAGUCCUCCACAGCCAUGCUAGAGGAGCUGCAGAUUGGUGACUCUGACACCACGGGCCGUUCUGAGACACCCUCCCCCACCUGGGGUCAGAGGUCUGCUGUGACAGAUGGCACCACCUUAACCACCCCUGCGGCCAUUCAUAGCCAGAUAACAGUGAAUGGAAACUCUGGAGGUGCCGUGAGUCCCAUGAGUUACUAUCAGAGGCCGUUUUCCCCCUCGGCGUAUUCUCUGCCAGCCUCACUCAACUCCAGCAUUGUCAUGCAGCACGGCACGUCCCUUGAUUCCGCAGAGACAUAUCCCCAGCAUGCACAGUCUCUGGACGGGACCAGCACCAGCUCUAUCCCACUGUACCGAUCCUCAGAGGAAGAGAAGAGAGUGACGGUCAUCAAAGCCCCGCAUUACCCAGGGAUCGGGCCCGUGGAUGAAUCCGGAAUCCCCACAGCAAUUAGAACGACGGUCGACCGGCCAAAGGACUGGUACAAGACGAUGUUUAAGCAGAUUCACAUGGUGCACAAGCCGGAUGAUGACACAGACAUGUAUAAUACCCCUUACACAUAUAAUGCAGGUCUGUACAACCCACCGUACAGUGCUCAGUCACACCCUGCUGCAAAGACCCAAACCUACAGACCUCUUUCCAAAAGCCACUCCGACAACAGCACACAUGCCUUUAAGGAUGCGUCCUCCCCAGGGCCUCCCCCUCAUGUUCCCCCGCCAGUCCCACCGCCUCGACCAAGGGAUCGGUCUUCAACAGAAAAGCAUGACUGGGAUCCUCCAGACAGAAAAGUGGACACAAGGAAAUUUCGGUCUGAGCCAAGGAGUAUUUUUGAAUAUGAACCUGGCAAGUCAUCAAUCCUGCAGCAUGAAAGACCACCCCCUCUCCCAACAACUCCGACACCUGUUCCAAGGGAACCUGGCCUGAAGCCUCUUUCUGGCUCUGGACUCGGAGGAGUCGCUGCCAGCCCCUCCCCUCCGCCCCGGAGUGGCGCCCCCACGCCAAGCGCGCGCGCCCCGGCUCUGCCUCCCACCCGGACCGAUCGCAUAAAUCCAGAUGACAUAGAUUUAGAAAAUGAGCCCUGGUAUAAAUUCUUUUCAGAACUGGAGUUUGGACGCCCGCCUCCUAAAAAGCCUCUGGACUAUGUUCAAGAUCAUUCUUCUGGUGUUUUCAAUGAGGCCUCCUUGUAUCAGUCCUCCAUAGACAGAAGCCUGGAAAGACCCAUGAGUUCUGCAAGCACGGCCAGUGACUUCAGGAAACGGAGGAAGAGCGAGCCUGCGGUGGGUCCACCACGGGGCCUGGGAGAUCAAAAUGCGAGCAGGACCAGCCCUGGCCGAGCGGACCUCCCGGGAUCAAGCACUACCCUUACAAAGUCUUUCACUAGUUCUUCUCCUUCUUCCCCAUCGAGAGCAAAAGGUGGGGAUGAUAGCAAAAUGUGUCCAUCCCUUUGCAGUUACUCAGGGCUCAACGGCAACCCCCCAAGUGAGUUAGAUUACGGUAGCACUUAUAGACAGCACUUGGACGUCCCUCGGGACUCACCAAGGGCCAUUACUUUCAAGAAUGGCUGGCAAAUGGCCCGGCAAAACGCAGAAAUCUGGAGCAGCACGGAAGAAACCGUUUCUCCCAAAAUCAAAUCCCGUAGCUGUGACGAUCUCCUAAAUGAUGACUGCGAUAGCUUCCCGGACCCGAAAAUUAAGUCGGAAAGCAUGGGCUCCCUGUUAUGUGACGAGGACUCCAAGGAGAGCUGCGCCAUCACCUGGGGGUCCCCCUACAUCCAGGAGGUUCGCGGUAACGGCAGAUCGAGGAUCAGACACCGGUCAGCUCACAACGCCCCGGGGUUCCUGAAAAUGUACAAGAAAAUGCACCGCAUUAACCGCAAGGAUCUGAUGAAUUCCGAGGUGAUCUGCUCCGUGAAGUCCAGGAUCCUGCAGUAUGAGAACGAGCAGCAGCCCAAGGGCCUGGGGCACGCGUGGAGCCAGUCCUCCACGGAGGAGGUGCCCCGCGACAUGGUGCCCACGCGCAUUUCCGAAUUCGAAAAGCUGAUUCAGAAGUCCAAAUCCAUGCCCAACUUAGGGGAUGACACGCUCUCUCCCGUGACCCUGGAACCGCCACAGAACGGCUUAUGUCCCAAGAGGCGAUUCUCCAUCGAGUAUUUGCUGGAGGACGAGGACGAAGGCGGGCGCCCCGCUCAGGCCCCGCGGGGCUGCGCGUCCAGCGCACUGGUGCCCAUUCACAUCGAGGUCACCAGCCACGAGCAGCCCCGGGCCCACGUGGAGUUUUCCGACAGCGACCAGGACGGGGUCGUGUCUGACCACAGCGACUACAUUCACGUGGAGGGGUCAUCGUUCUGCAGCGAGAGCGACUUCGAUCACUUUUCCUUCACCUCCUCUGAAAGCUUCUACGGAUCCAGCCAUCACCACCACCACCACCACCACCACCACCGGCACCUCAUCAGCUCCUGCAAGGGCAGGUGCCCGGCCUCCUACACCCGAUUUACCACGAUGCUGAAACACGAAAGGGCCAGACACGAAAACACGGAGGAGCCCCGCAGGCCGGAGAUGGACCCCGGCCUUUCCAAGCUCGCCUUUCUGGUCAGCCCGGUGCCUUUCCGGAGGAAAAGAAACGCAGCUCCUAAGAAACAGACGGAAAAGGCGCCGUGCAAGGCGUCCGUGAUCGAGGCGCUCGACUGCGCCCUGAAGGACAUCUGUGACCAGAUCAAGGCGGAGAAGACGCGGGGGAGCCUGCCGGGCAACAGCAUCCUGCACCGCCUCAUCAGCGAGCUGCUGCCGGACGUGCCCGAGCGGAACUCGUCCCUGGGCGCGCUGAGGAGGGGCCCCCUGCACCUGCCUCUCCGCCCGCCGCCCCAGGACGGUGCUAUCCACUGCCCACCCUACCACAACGAUGGCGGGAGAACGCCUCACAGUGCCUCUUUCCAGGACGCGGACACAGCCAGCAGCAACCACCACCACCAAGACCGUGGCGGUGCACUCCAAGACCGCGAGUUCCCUAGAAGUUACUCAUCCACUUUGACUGACAUGGGGAGAAGUGCACCAAGGGAAAGAAGAGGAACUCCAGAAAAAGAGAAAUUGCCUGCAAAAGCUGUUUAUGAUUUUAAGGCUCAGACAUCUAAGGAGUUGUCAUUUAAGAAAGGAGAUACUGUCUAUAUUCUCAGGAAAAUUGAUCAAAAUUGGUAUGAGGGAGAACACCAUGGAAGAGUGGGCAUUUUCCCAAUCUCAUACGUAGAGAAACUCACACCUCCUGAGAAAGCACAGCCCGCAAGACCACCCCCGCCAGCCCAGCCUGGAGAGAUCGGAGAAGCUAUAGCCAAAUACAACUUCAACGCAGACACAAACGUGGAGCUGUCACUCAGAAAGGGAGAUAGAGUUAUUCUUCUUAAAAGAGUUGAUCAAAACUGGUACGAAGGUAAAAUCCCAGGAGCCAACAGACAAGGCAUCUUCCCUGUUUCCUAUGUGGAAGUCGUCAAGAAGAACACAAAAGGUGCUGAGGAUUACCCUGACCCUCCAAUACCCUACAGCUAUUCUAGUGAUAGGAUUCACAGCCUGAGCUCAAAUAAGCUGGCUUCCAGUGAACCAGCCCCUCCUCCCACCCACACAGCCUCGCCUGGCUCACUUAAAGGAGCUCUCCGGGGAACUGCCCAGGGCCGGUUGUCCCUGACAGCCUCAUGUCCACCAGCAAACCCUCUGGCCCCAACACCACCUCCUUCCCUGGACGACUUCUUGGAUGAAUUGGAGAAGCUUGGUGCUUUAACCUUGUCAGCUGACCAAGCCGAACCAAACAUCCUAGAGGACCUCAGCCUGGAAAUUAAGGAGGAACCUGCUGUGCCCCUCCCGUUGCCUCCAGCGUCUGCGCCGGCCGAGUCACCUUCCGCUGGCGCGGGUGUGGCCUUGGCUGCAGCCCAGACUUACCAUGCAGAGCCACUUCAGGAUCCCAUAACCACAACUCAAAGCAAGUUUGCAGAUUUGAGAAAAAUGAGAAGGGGCUUUUCAGACCCUAAAAAGGUGCCGGAAGUCCUAGGGGAUAAGUUUGUGGCCUCUGCAUGCACCAGCGUGGGUUCCUUGCCCACACCCCUGCCCGUCAUUGGAGAGGAAGAUGAGGGCAUCUAUGAGGGGAUCGUGUCAGGCAUCCAGAGAAGGCCGCCAGGACCUCAGGAAGGAGAUGCCUGGUGGUGUGGCCACGAUGGGACAGAGGGGACCCCACACCUGCACAUUGAAGAGGAGGAGGAAGAGGAGAAACCUGACUCCUUAGCCACCCCCCCAGAUUCUAGGAUCCCCAAGGAGGACAGCAAUGCAGCAAAAACCAGUAAUGAGCUACCGUCAUUUUCUUCGGGAGACCGAGCAACCACACCCUUCCCCAACCACCUGCUUUCUUCCCCUCCAUCUCAUUCUCUCUUGGCCUCUGUUUCUGACCUGGACUCUACACGUUCUCAGCCCUGCUCACCUCCUCUCCUCCCUACAUAUUCUUAUCCACAGGAGAUCAAUCCACCAAAAUUAAAGGCUGACCUAAAAAGCGAGAUGUGUGUCCUGGGUAAGCCUCCUCGCAGCCCAGUGAUGUCUAAGAGAUCCUGCGGCUCGCCUGUCAGAGGGCUCAGCAGUUCCCACAGGCCACAGCGUCCUGUGUUUACUCAUGAAAAUAUUCAAGGUGGGGGGGAACCGUUUCAGGCUCUGUAUAACUAUACUCCUAGGAACGAAGAUGAGCUGGAACUCAGAGAAAGUGACGUCAUUGAUGUGAUGGAAAAGUGUGAUGAUGGCUGGUUUGUGGGAACCUCAAGAAGAACCAAAUUCUUUGGUACCUUCCCCGGAAACUACGUCAAAAGGCUGUGAAUGACUCUCCCUCCUUAUGCAGGCCGCCUUUCAGCCAUGCACCUGCGUCACCGCGCCUCGGACACCCCGCGGGCCUCCCGUUGUCAUGCCUUAUGGUUUCCAAUGCACUGUCGCCAUCUCCACCUGCCAGCAAACCACCAGCAGAGUCACUGCCGCUGCUGUGAGCCUGGGGGCGACAUGGCAGGCUGGCCUCCCCGUGAAAGUGCGGAUUCCUACUUCCUGCCCUAAGCUUUGACAGUCAGAAUGUGGGAUCAGAAAGAAAAUCAUGAUACUUAAAAAUGGUCAAAUACUUGAGGCAAAAAAAUUAAAAAAGCAUCUCCAGGAGGCUCUCCAGCCUCAUGGCUCUACUUCAACAUCUCUCCCCAGGCGAUGUUCUCCCCCACAAGACAACCAGAAAAUUGUUGAUUGGGAAAUGCUGUGGUUUGCGUUUUCACAUUCUUAGCUUGGCAGUGUAUAUUCUUUUCACAAGUUUGCCUCGUGUCUUGGUUUACACCAUAUGACAACUGUAGCUGUACUUUAGCAAUUGUUUGCCUGCACAUACAUGUUGUAAUAUGCACAGUGAUUACAGCCUUUAAAGCAAGAGGAGCAAAGUUAAUCUGGAUGAGUGCAAUUUUGUUGGUUGAAUGUGAGUUUUCAAAUCGGAAUCCUCUUCUGCAAUUUUUUUUUGGACUUUUUAGAAGUGCAAACAGUAAAUGAAUAAGAGCCUUUGGUAAUAACCAUGACAAUACAAGAGGCUGAGCUAGACUACAGGGGAAAACUAUUGUGUUGUAAAGUUGCAUCGCUAUUUUAUAUUAAAAUGUAACGAUCAGCAUCAUGAACAGUGAGCUCUUAGUGUUUUAUUUAUCUGAAAAAAAUGUAAGUAAAAGCAGUGUUAGUGAGAGGUGCAAAGAAUUAUUCUAACAUAGACACUUGAAAGUAUCUGUAAGCAAUACUAGUAGGUAAGAUUUCACUGUGUGUACACAUAAACAUUUGAGAUUGUAUGACAACAUAUAAUCCAUAUGAUAUGUUGUACAUUUUAUGGAAAUGUAAUAGAAUCUCACACGUUAUUUUAUAGAAAUAGAGUACAGAAGCAUCACAAGUAUUAAGGUUGGUUUUAGCAAGGAUUAUGAUUAAUACAAUUAUUUUUACUAUAAUAAUUAUUUUUCUUCUAUGGAACUCAGAAUCCUGGCUACAUUUGAGGACAGGAAUAUGUUGAGCCUGAUUUUCCUGGUGUGUGUAAAAUAUUUCCUAGGAAUAAAUUAGGCACUUUUUAGGAACAAUGUUAAAUCAUUCAGGUUUUAUUUUCUGCCCUGAAGCAGAAAUUUACAAAAUGAUAUUGGGACCUGAAGGAUUUAAUAUAGUUCACAGUGCCUAAAUUACACAUACUCCGAGAACUAGCUUUGUAUUUCUUAUGACUUUGCAUAAGAACUAUUCAUCUUUGGAUCUUGAGCACCUUAUAGAUAAAACUUUUUAUGGCAUUUCUCCCCUGGACAGUGAUUGAUCUUUUCACAAUGUACGUAGCCUCUAGAAUUUUGUACAUAUGUUUGCUCUUUUUUUGUACAGACUAUUUAGUUGCUGAGAAAACAGGGAAGUUUCCUGAUUUGGUCUUGAUUAGCCUUUCCCUGUCUCACAGAUCACAAGCACCCCUAGAUAGUGUCAUUCUGUCAGACAGCAUUUAUGCAAAAAUCUAUGAAAAGAUCGUAGAAGCCAAACUGAAAUGUACAUAUAUACAGACUGAUUACAAAGGAAUUUCAUUAGGAAGAAGGUAAAGAAACAUCUUUGAGUAGCCUACCUUGAUUUCUGUCAAGUUCACAAUCAGCUUUAUAUUUUAAAGGCUUUGGGUUUGAAAUUAAAUCAAGUGCAUGCAGCUUUGCUGAUAAAUGAAUAAUUAUCUUUGAUGCCAUUUAUGGGAAAAGACUUCAAUAUCUGUUGCCUGUCAUAUUUAAGAAAAAUUACUGUUUCUACUCUCUGUAUCUGAUUUUAAAAGAAAAAAAUAUUCAUACCUGGCUUCCAGGAAUUGACUUUGAAUUCGUACAAGCAAAGGCCAUUGUGUUUUUCUUGAAUAGACAUCUAAUAAAUUUUGCUUGGAAGUAUA